AUGGCGGCUCCCAACACAUUUCAAGACCUCGGUCUGUCAAUCAUCGGCGUCGGCAGCCAGUACCCGCCAUACUCCUUGAAGACAGAUUCCAUAGAAUACCUGAGCAACAAGUUCUACCCCGACUCACCUUCUAUGAAAAAAGUGCUUGCCAUCAAUCGCUUCACCGGCAUUGACUAUCGGUCGUCCAUCGGCACCCAUGAACACCCCGUGGUAAAUAACAAGGAUGCGCCCUCCAUCGCCGAGCUGCACAAUGUUUUCAUGAGCGACGGCGUGCCGUUGGCGGUGGAAGCUUCGCGCAAGGCCAUCGAGGAGGCUCGCAUCGACCUGAGCGAAAUCACACACGUCGUGUCGACCACGUGCACCGACAGCGCCAACCCCGGCUUCGACCACUAUGUAGUCAAGGGCUUGGGCAUCACGCACCAGGUCGAGAAGGUGCUGCUUCACGGAGUCGGCUGCAGUGGGGGUCUGGCGACGCUGAGGACGGCGGCGAACCUGGCGUUGGGGCACAAAGCUCGCAACAAGCCGGCGAGGAUUCUCUGCGUCGCGCUCGAGGUGAGCACGACAAUGGUGCGCAGCGAGCUGGACAGCAUCGACCAGCUCCAAGAAACGAGGAUUGGCGUCGCUCUCUUCUCCGAUUGCGCCAGCGCCGUGGUGCUUAGCAAUGGUGUUGGCGAGCCGACAGAGUCCGUAUAUGACCUGCUGGGCUGGGAGCACAAGAUCCUUCCCGAUACAGAGCAGGAUCUAGGGUUCGAUGUCGACCCCGUUGGAUGGAAGGUGGUUCUCUCGCCAAAGGUCCCCAAGCUCGCAUCGGCCACCAUUCCGUCAACCUUUAAAGAGCUGCUCGCGUCCGUCCCUUCACUGCCACCGUCGUACAAAAACGCUGACGACUUUGACUGGGCGAUGCAUCCCGGAGGCGCCACAAUUCUAUCGGGGGCCGAGAAGGUAAUGGGCAUCUCGUCGUACCACAUGCGAGCGAGCUACGAUACUUACAUCAACCACGGAAACUCGAGCUCGGCAACAAUAUUCAGCGUUAUGGACCGGCUGCGGUCCAAAGACAUGGACGCCGUUGCGCCAGACGGCCGUGUCCGUGACUACGUGGUGGGGUGUGCGUUCGGACCGGGUAUAUCGGUGGAGAUGUGCAUGCUGAAGCGAAACAUGGGGGCACGCGGCGUCACCGGUCUGCAGACGCCCCCGGAGACGGAGAGCGAGGGAAGCACUAGCGAAGCUGGGGACGACGCCGGGGCGCAACUCGAUGGAAGGGUAUCUUCGGGCCGGCAAAUGGACGAGACGUUUGUUGCGGAGGCGAUGAAGGAUCUGGAUCUGGACUAG